GGUCAACUGACACGAAGAAGAAAUCAACAGUGUCUGUCACAGUGAACAGAACUGGCGCAAUAAACAGACCCACUCGUCAGCGUAUGGGUUGACAGAACUCAGACACGGUGCAAAAUUUCACCCCGACGUGUGGUCACCGGGAUGUCUCUAAACCGGUUUGACGGGCAGUCGAAGCUGCUGCUCCGGUCUCUGUCGUUCGGAGCGUCGGGCGCUUAUAGAGCACUGAGCAUCAUCCAUAGGCAACAGCGAGCUAACCCCGACAUGUCACUGUGUGACUUCAUAGAGACGCUAUGCCAGGACGAAAUAACCUGUCCAGAGACUGAAGUCCAGCCACUAACUGUUAAACCCUUGGUGUGCCUGUUUCCACCAUUAUUCAAGCAAAAUCUGCUGUCAUUCAUCUAUCUGGUCCACUCGCGUCUUCCUCGGACUUCUGUAUUCCAUCUGCUCAAAUGCCUCAGCCUGGACCCUUGUCCGAAUCCUUGGGUCAUUGCUCUGAGUAGACAGCUGGAGAGAAGCCUGGGGGCCCACAGUGAGGAGCCUCUGUACACUCCAAUGUGCAGCCAGAGACUCAAGGAUCUGUCACAGCAUUUGGUUGGUUCUGGUGAGACCGUGGGAUGGAAGUGCCUCAAAGGACAGAUAGCAGAACCUGCAUCUCUGAGUGUGUCAGAUUUGUCAGAGCUGGGAACACAAAGGAAAAGGAAGAGCAGUUUUGUCACUCUGGACUCAGACGGUGAAGAAACGGUGGAACAGCAGAGUAAACGGAUAAAGAUGGAUGUCUGUGGUAGCAAGCAUGGCAGUGCAAAACAGUGGAGCGGACACGAGGAGACACCAGAAAGGUGUGAGAGUGAUGCUACAGCAGAAAAUCCUCAUGAAGAACUCCAGCGAGCACCAGACAGUCCGUGUGAUGCUCUGCCUGAACAUAUAAAGCUCUCUGUUCUUCAAAUAAAAGAAUUAGUGGAAAGUCAGACAGAGUGGGACCAGAGCUCCACAGAUGUGUUCAAAGUGUUGAAUGACUGUGACCCUGCCCAAGUGGAGGUGUUAUGCAGCACACUCAGUUUUCCUGAUUUACCGGAGCAAACUCUGCCCAAACUGUGCAGCUGUGUUUUGGCUCUUUCUCCUGACCUCAGCUACAGCACGGCAGCAGCGCUCAUCAAGAGCCUCCUGCUGGAGAAGGUCCUGUCUCUAUCAGAACUGGCCUCCAGGUGCCUGGUCACCACAGCAACGUCUCUGUGUAGCCGCUAUCCCAGACCAAUGUGCCACGCUCUAAUCGGACCAGUUCUAGACAAGAACAUAGGGAAUCCACAGGCUGAGCUGCUGAACAGACUGAUAGAAGGCUGUCUGGAUUCCCACUACAGACUACUGGUGUUUCAAAUGACAUUCAGAAUAACAUGGAGUGAGGCAGUGCUCUCCAUUAUCCACAGCUUGCUAGACUCCAAGCCUGACUUGAAUGAAGAACUGUUUGCACAGUUCAUUGACCAGUUAGUCAACCAGGGUCCUCAACUCACAAAGUCUGUGAAGUUUGCAAAAAUGAUGCUAACAGUUCUCACCAAAUAUAGCAGUUGUGUGACUGCUGCACAGAAACACUCCUUGUCCGGUUGCCUGAUGAUAAAUGAGACCUUUCUAAAAAGGUCUCUCCAAGCUUCUUUGAAAAGAAUCACACACACACGAGAUGGUAAUACUUUGUGACCAGCACAUUGAUGAACUGCUUAUAUCUGCUUAAAAGCACAUUAUAAUGGGUCAUUAAGCAUUUGUUAAAUUUUUACAUAAUGCUUAUGAAUGUUACAUAGGGGAACUAAUGUUAAUAAAGUUGUAUAACUUCCUGUCUACUACUUGAAAAUAUUUUGACUCGAAGAUGAAGCACUUCAAUCCAGUGACUGAUAUUCUGCCGUCAUAUUCUUCUUGUGUUGCCUUGGAAAAGAGUCACUAGAAUUA